ACUAAAUAUUCUUCUGGGAAGUACUGCUAGGAGCCUUUUCACUUUCAGCAAAGUUGCGCAUAUGUGUUCGUGUAUGAGUGGCGUUUGUGGGUUGCUGUAGAGAGAUCGCAUUUAUUUAUUUAUUUAUAUACUUAUCUGCCUUUUUUUCUUUUUUUUUUUGUAGUGGUAAAUUGUUACACGUCGCCUGGCUGCAAAGCCCCCUUUUCCUCUCACGGCCACUCUCGUUUGUUCCUGAGUCCAACGACGACAAGGGGGACUCAAUGUUAAAGUGCUGCUGCCGCCGCCUGUGUGCCCGCGCCCCGGAGAUGUCCUUCCCCCAGCUGGGCUACCCGCAGUAUCUCAGCGCCAGCCAGGCGGUGUACGGGAGCGACCGGCCCGGGGUGCUGGCCGCCGCCGCCGCAGCCGCCGCCGCCGCCGCUGCUGCCUCGGGCCGGCCCGCGGGCGCCGAGCUGGGCAGCGGCUCGGCCGCUGUCACCUCCGUGCUGGGCAUGUACGCCAGCCCCUACAGCGCCCCCAACUACAGCGCCUUCCUGCCCUACACCGCCGACCUCGGCCUCUUCUCCCAAAUGGGCUCCCAGUACGAGCUGAAAGAUAAUCCGGGUGUCCACCCCGCUACCUUUGCUGCUCACACUGCUCCCGGCUAUUAUCCCUACGGACAGUUCCAAUAUGGGGACCCGGGGCGACCCAAAAAUGCCACUCGGGAGAGCACCAGCACUCUCAAGGCUUGGCUCAACGAGCACCGCAAGAACCCCUACCCCACCAAGGGCGAGAAGAUCAUGCUGGCCAUCAUCACCAAGAUGACCCUCACCCAGGUCUCCACCUGGUUCGCCAACGCCCGCCGGCGGCUCAAGAAGGAGAACAAGGUGACCUGGGGCUCCAGGAGUAAGGACCAAGAAGAUGCAAACCUCUUCGGGAGUGACAAUGAGGGGGAUCCCGAGAAGAAUGAAGAUGAUGAGGAAAUUGACCUGGAGAGCAUAGAUAUAGAUAAAAUCGAUGAGAAUGAUGGGGAGCAGAGCAACGAGGAAGAGGAGGAGAAGCCCGAGCUCCUGAGACAAAGCAGUGAAGAGGAGCACUUGGAAAAGGAGAAGGAUUUGGCACUGUCAGGGUCUGAAGGGCUGAAACCCAAAGACGCGCUGGCCAUGGUGAAGGAGGCCUCUGACAAUAGCACGAGAAUCAUCAGUCCUGGGGGACCGAACAAUUUACAGAUGCCAUCUCACAGCAAACCCAAGAUUUGGUCUUUGGCAGAGACGGCCACCAGUCCUGAUGGUGCCCUGAAAUCUUCUCCACCUCCACCCCCUCCCCCUCAGGUUAACCACACUUCUCCUCAGAUUCAGCACCCUGCUUUUCUCCCUAGCCAUGGACUCUACACAUGCCAGAUUGGCAAAUUUCACAACUGGACAAAUGGGGCUUUCCUCACUCAGAGUUCCCUUCUAAAUGUGAGGUCCUUUUUGGGAGUAAAUCACCACCAUGCUGCUCAUCACAAUCACCACCUCCAGGCCCAGCAACAAUCUUCUGUUUUAACAGCAACCCUGGGAGCUCUAAGCAGCGAAAAACCUUCAGAGAGGACCAGUCCCAAACACAUAGAAAGAGAAAAUGUACCAAGAACUGACUCCCCACCCCAGCCGCUAAAAUCGCCCUUCCAGCCUGUCCGUGACAACUCUUUGGCUCAGCAAGAGGGAACACCGAGAAUUUUAACAGCUCUCCCUUCUGCUUGAUUAAAUGAUUUGGUGAAAAAAAUAUUACAGAGACUGGUAUUAAGGACAGAGAGAGUGAAAAAAAAGGAAACGGUAUAAACUACUCCCAUCAAUCUCUUUUUGCAAUAAGGUGGUGCGAAUCCAUAAAAGCAUUACACAAAUCUGUAGAUGGAUCCCCUUCCUCAUUGUACCAUUUCAGAUCGUGUUAUUCUAACCAUUCUUGGAUUAUUUGUUUGGUAAAUGUUUCCCAUGUGUUUGUGGUUUUCUUUUUUUCUGUAUAUAGAGUGAUUUCAGAUUGUAAAUAACACGUCAGCAAGACUUGUCUAAAUCAUAUAUUUUUGUCUAAUAAACUAAAUGAAAUUAUGA